CCUGGCGGCCCCCUUCCUUCCUUAUCCCCGCCUCCACCACCCGCCGCCGCCGCCAUUUACUCCACCACCACCCCCUCCCUCAAUCUUUCCACUACCCAGAUCCAGAUCCAAACCGAGGGGGAUUCACGCGAUGGAGGCCGCGAGGAAGAGCGCGCCGGGGCAGCCGUGGUCGCACGGCGACACGAUGCACCUCAUCGACGUCUACGAGGACCGCUGGACCAAGCUGCGCCGAGGCCAGCUCAAGGCGCACCAGUGGGAGGACGUGGCCGCCGAGGUCACCCACCUCUGCGGCGGCCAGCGCAAGACCGGCACCCAGUGCCGCCACAAGCUCGAGAAGCUCCGCAAGCGCUACCGCACCGAGGCCGCCCGCCCCGUCACCUCCCUCUGGCCCUUCUUCCGCCGCAUGGAGCGACUCGAGCGCGGCCCCGUACCCACCGCCACCAACUCCUUCGCCGCAUCCCCGCCCCACUCCGACGACGACCACGACCACCACCACCUGGAGGAGGACCAAGGCCUGGAGGAGGACCAGGAGGAGGAAGAAGAUGAAGAAGAAGAAGAAGAAGAAGAAGAGGAAGAGGAGGAGGAGGAGCAGCUGCUCGUCGCCAGGAACAGCACCAGGAGCAUCAACGGCCUCGUGCGCGACGGCGGCGGCUUCAGGGGCGGCUUCGCCCCUCGCCAGCAGUCUCCGCCCGCCGUCACGCUGUCCACCGCGCCUCCGCGCAAGAGGGUCUCCUACGAGGCCGCCGCGUUCCAGUCCAAGGCCGCCGCUGCAGAAAGGAUCAAGGCUGAAGAGGCUCCGGCAGUUGACAGCCACUCCGUCGCAGGCGUGCUGAGGGACAUCGGCGAGGGAAUCAAGCGGCUGGAGAGGCGGAGAAUGGAGGUACAGUGGGAGAUUGAGCGGGGCUGGAAGGAGACGGAGGCCCGCAAUAAUCAGAUGCUCCAGGACGCUCAGCGGCAGUUACAUGACGCCCUCGCCGCCCUGCCGCCGCUGGCUAAGAAGGCUAGAAGGGACAAUAGCAGCAGUGCAGACGGCUUGUAGUAAGCUAGCUAGCGAUCGCUCGAUCCCUACCGGGGGAUAGGUAGGUUGAAGCUGUUUAUUUUUCUUAUUAUCUGGUGGUAGUGAAGGGAGGCAAAAGAGAUUGUUCCUAGUCUUCAUCCUCUACUCAGGAUGUAUGUAUUUAGUACUCGUCGUGAACGAUUCUGACCAUUGUUGCUUA